AUGGACGCUGUCACAAAGUCGUCACCAAAGGCUGCGAAAAAAUCAUCGCCAAUUUAUGCAAAAAAAGCGGUGGAAGAAAACAAUUUCAGUCGUGAAAAUCGAAUUCUUAGUCAAAUAAAGCGUAAAAUUGCCACUUAUCAGGUGGAAUUUGAUAAUAUUACAAAUUAUCAUUCAUAA